GUUUCAGGAUACCUGAGACGGAACAUUCAGAUGGAUCUGCUGCAGCCGCCGCAGCUUCCGGUUCUGUGGUAAAGCGCCGUGUUUGGCUCGAUUGGUCACCAGCAGCUGACCGCGCCCUCAACCCAGAGCAGCUACCUACUAAACUAUUACCGUCAAGUGUCGGCUGAGGAGGAGGAGGAGGAGGAGGGAGGAAGAGGUGACGCUGCUGCUGCUGCUGCUGCCCUCAGUGCGGCGGAGGAGAGAAAGCAUCUUUGUCUGCACAGAGAAGCUCCGGGCUUCCCUGCCUUUCUGCCUCCAUCGACACAUCAGCAUCAGAGCACCCCCUCUGAAGACACACGCACAGAGGUUUUAUUCACCUCCCUCUGAUUUGGGACUCUCCGAUUUUUCCCGGCUGGAAUAAUCCUCGCUGGAUCCAUGUGUCGGAUCGCUGAAUGAUGCACAGUGAUGAAAGGGAGUCUGGUUCGCUUGUCAACUGGAGGUUGAACGAUCUGAUGAAGUCCUUGCCUGAAAAUUGUGCUCCCAGGAUAUUGGGAUGCUGAGGCGGGUGGAGGCUGCACCCAGGCUCCUUGCCUAGCGAAUCCAUGGAGAUCUGAUGGAACUGUGCUGGAUGGAGGCCAAGUCACUGGAUGGCGAAGACGAGGAAGCACACAGUUUCGUGGAUCAGUCGUAUCAUUUAUUCUCAUCCUCAGAUCCAAAGUAGAUGCAAAGUGUCCUGCAAUGUGCUUCGAUUGCUAAGAGAUGGAGAAACGGAUCAGGAUAGACAGCCAAGGCUAAACAAACUCAUGUGCUGCCUGUGGGAGUUGGAGUCUUAUAUCAGCAGAUUUUAGGGUGAUUAAAAAUAAAUAUAGAACAUUGAAACAUUUCCUGGUAGAUUUGAAGACUGCAGAGGAGAGAGCCGUAGAUAGAAAGCAUCAUGGGCAGCUGUAAAGGAGAGCUCUCUUGGUUUUUGUUCUUUGCGUGCUUGUUGCUAACAGGAUUAGCUCUGGAAUAUGAAGGCGUUCCUGGUCAGUGGACACGCUAUGGCCAGUGGGAUGCAAAGACAACAGGUGAGCUCAGUUUUAUUUUGAGAACCAACAUCAGCAGAGCGCUAGUCCUCUACCUUGACGAUGGGGGGAACUGUGACUUCCUGGAGCUCCUGAUCACAAAUGGGAGGCUGCAGAUGCGCUUCACCAUCCACUGUGCAGAACCCGCAACCCUGCACACUGAGACCCCCAUCAAUGACCUACGUUGGCACCGAGUCCUCCUCGCUCGCAAUUUCAGGGAGACCAAGCUGGUGGUGGACAAUGAGGAGAAAGUAGCAGAGGUAAAAUCGAAGAGGAAAGAAAUGGCGGUGGCCAGUGACCUCUACGUCGGAGGGAUCUCGCCUGAUGUGCGUCUCUCGGCUCUGACCUCAAGCACGGUUAAAUAUGAGCCCCUGUUCCAGGGCUUCAUAACCAACCUGAAACUGGGGGAGGCGCUGCCAAUGCUGCUGGACGGCCAAGCCGUGCAUAAUGAUUUGGAGUACAUAUGUGACAUACACUCUCCCUGCAGCAACAAAGGCCUUUGCUCCAUCAGCCAAGGAGAGGUCCUCUGUGACUGCAUCAACACCAGCUUCAGAGGAAAGUACUGCCAGGAAGCUGUCCAGAGAGAAGUAGAAGGUCUGGCGCACCUGAUGGUAAACCGCCAAGUUAUUCGCCAAGGGCAGGAGGAAUCUGUGGCCACCUUCAAAGGGAACGAGUUCUUCAGCUACAACCUUUCUCAGACUCCCAUCCAGAGCAGCCUAGAUGAAAUCACGCUGUCCUUCCGGACCUUGCAGAGGAACGGCUUGCUGCUUCACACGGGAAAAUCUGCCGACUACGUCAACCUGUCCCUGAGGAACGGGGCUCUGUGGCUGGUCAUCAACCUUGGCUCUGGGGCUUUUGAAGCCCUGGUGGAACCUACCAGUGGGAAAUUUAACGACAAUGUCUGGCAUGAUGUGAGAGUGACACGCAACCUCCGCCAGGUGACGAUCCUGGUGGAUGGGAUUCUCACCACUACUGGCUACACUCAGGAGGACUACACCAUGCUGGGCUCUGAUGAUCUCUUCUACAUAGGGGGCAGCGUGAACACAGCUGACCUGCCAGGUUCUCCAGUCAGCAACAACUUCAUGGGCUGUCUGAAGGAUGUGGUCUACAGGAAUAAUGAGUUCAGGCUGGAGCUGUCGCGGCUGGCUGAGCAGCGAGACCCCAGGAUCAGUAUCCAUGGUGACCUGAUAUUCAGCUGCGAAAGCAUGGAGGCUCUGGAGCCGAUCACCUUUGACGUGCCGCCUGCCUACCUGACGUUGCCCAGGUGGAACACCAAGAAGACAGGCGCCAUUUCUUUUGACUUCCGCACCACAGAGCCCAACGGCGUGCUGCUCUUCAGCCAUGGCAACCUGCAAGGUACGCUGCCCGACAGGAAGCCCCGCGCUGACUUCUUUGCCAUGGAGCUGCUGGACGGGUUUAUCUACCUGGUCAUGGACAUGGGCUCCGGCAGCAUCAAGAUUAAAGCCAGCAACGAGAGGCUGGACAAUGGCGAGUGGUGCCACGUAGACUUCCAGAGAAAGGGGCGCAACGGCUUUAUCUCUGUCAACAGCCAGAGCACCCCCUUCACUGCAAACGAAGGCAGUGAGAUCCUUGACCUAGACGGAGACAUGUAUCUGGGAGGUCUACCAGAAGAUCGCCAAGCCCUCAUCCUCCCCCCGGAGGUGUGGACGGCUUCCCUGGGCCUCGGCUUUGUGGGCUGUGUGAGAGACCUGUUUAUUGACGGGCAGAGCCGGAACCUUUGGAGACUGGCAGAGAUCCAAAGCGCCACAGGUGUCAGCAGUUUGUGCACCAGGGAGACUCACACCAGGUGCACCCGGGACACAUGCGCCAACGCGGGGCACUGCAGAGAGGGCUGGAACCGGCACAUCUGUGACUGCAGCAGCAGCGGCUACGUCGGUCCCAGCUGUGAGAAGGAGGCCACAGCAGUGAGCUACGAUGGCAGCAUGUAUCUGAAGGUGAUGCUGCCGGCGACGCUGCACACGGAGGCCGAGGACGUGUCCCUGCGCUUCAUGUCCCAGAGGGCCUUUGGUUUGCUGGUGGCCACCACGUCUCAGCAGUCAGCCGACACCCUGCGCGUGGAGCUGGACGGCGGCCGGGUCAAACUAACCGUGAACCUGGAUUGUAUCAGGAUAGACUGUAAUCUCAGCAAGGGACCGGAGAUACUUCUUGUAGGCGAGAAGCUGAAUGACAACGAGUGGCACACAGUGAAGGUGACACGGCGUGGGAAGAACUUGCAGUUGUCUGUAGACAAUGUGACAGUGGAAGGCCACAUGUCAGGCGCCCACACCCGCCUAGAGUUCAACAACAUUGAGACAGGGAUCAUGACAGAGCGGCGCUUCAUUUCAGUGAUGCCUUCCAACUUCAUCGGCCAUCUGCAGGCACUGUCCUUCAACGGGAUGCUCUAUCUGGACCAGUGCAAGAAUGGAGACAUCUCCUACUGCGAGCUAAAUGCUCGCUUUGGCAUGAGGCACAUCGUUGCCAACCCUGUAACCUUUCUGACUCAAGCCAGCUAUCUGGCCUUCUCCACCUUGCAGGCCUAUGCUUCCAUGCACCUGUUCUUUCAGUUUAAGACAACCAACACUGAUGGCCUGGUCCUUUACAACUCUGGAGAUGGAAGUGACUUUAUUGUGGUGGAGCUGGUCAAAGGGUACAUUCACUAUGUCUUUGACUUGGGAAAUGGACCUUCACUGAUGAAGGGAAACUCUGACAAGCCCCUCAACGACAACCAGUGGCACAAUGUGGUGAUCUCCCGUGACAGUAACAAUGUGCACAUACUCAAGAUUGACUCCCGCACCGUCACCCAGCAUACCAAUGGAGCGCGCAACCUGGAUCUGAAAGGAGAAUUGUACAUCGGGGGUGUUGGGAAGAGCAUGUACAGCAGCCUGCCCAGGUUAAUCGCCUCCCGGGAAGGAUACAAGGGCUGCCUGGCAUCUGUGGACUUGAACGGAAGACUUCCUGACCUACUGGCAGAUGCUCUCCACAAGGUGGGGGAUGUGGAGGGUGGUUGUGGAGGUCCCAGCACCACCUGCACAGAGGACUCCUGCCACCACCAGGGUGUGUGUCUGCAGCUGUGGGAGGGCUUCUCCUGUGACUGCACCAUGACCACCUACGGCGGACCCUUCUGCAGCGACCCUGGGACCACAUAUAUCUUUGGGAAAGGUGGGGCCCUCAUCACGUUCACCUGGGCCCCCAACGAGCGGCCGAGCACCCGGGCCGACCGGUUAGCGGUGGGCUUCAGCACUCAGCAGAAGGAAGCCAUUUUGGUGCGGGUGGAGAGCACGCAUGGUCUUGGAGACUUCCUUCAGCUGCACAUCGAUCAAGGGAAGGUUGGCGUCAUUUUCAACGUUGGAACGGAUGACAUCAGCAUCGAUGAGCCUGCCGUCAUUGUAAAUGAUGGCAAGUACCAUGUUGUGCGCUUUACACGCAGUGGUGGAAACGCCACUCUCCAGGUGGACAACCAUCCUGUCAUAGAGCGGUACCCACCAGGACACUAUGAUAAUGAACGACUGGCUAUAGCCAGGCAAAGAAUCCCGUACAGACUUGGUCGGGUAGUUGACGAGUGGAUACUCGAUAAAGGGAGACAGUUGACCAUCUUUAACAGCCAGGCAGCCAUUAAAAUUGGCGGUUAUGACAAAGGUCGGCCCUUCCAGGGUCAGAUUUCAGGACUCUACUACAACGGCCUUCAGGUUCUUAAACUGGCAGCCGACAAUGACCCCAGUGUUCAGGUGGAGGGGAACCUGCGCCUGGUUGGAGACUCACUCUCGGUGUUGGCCACCGACACCACCUCCGCCACACCAUUGGCCGUUUCCGAUAUGUCUACCACCAUCAUGGAGACCACGACCACCAUGGCUACGACCACCACCCGCAGGCCCAGGUCAACCAGCAUGAGGGAGAGCAUCUCAAAGCCUCAGAGCUCUGAUGAUAUUUUGGUGGCAUCAGCUGAGUGCCCAAGUGAUGAUGAGGAUCUGGAAGAGUGUGAACCAGGAACAGGAGGUGAAUUAGUGUUGCCUAUAAUAACAGUGGAUUCCCUUGAGCCCCCAUCCAUCGCCACCCAUUAUCCCGUCAUCCCUCCUCCUCCCACCCUCCUCUCCCCUCUUGAAACCACCAGAGAGUCCUUGAUCCUCCCUCCUCACCCUUCCUGCCCCCCGGACCAGGAGGACUGCGGUGACCCUGUGGAAGUCUCGGCCUUCGGCUCAGGGGAGAUGACGGAAUCUGACGAUGAGGACUUUCACAAUAAUAACUCCCCCAUGGUCACUGACAGGACAGUCCUUCCUCCACCUCCCGCUGCUGGUGAGGGUGGAGUCCAUAAACCCCGCCCCCUACCUCCUUUUGUUCCCACCACCAACCCUGACCAGCUCCACAUUCCCGCAGGCAAAAAACACAACCGUGACCAGGUGCUUCUGCCUCCUGCCCCCCCAUCCUCCCGAAACACGCCAGGACUAACUUACCCCCCCAAUUUUCCCCAUGUGCCCACAGCCAACCCCACCGCCUCCGAUGAUAAGAACCAGCCCGGUGCCGUGGAGGUGAUCAGGGAGUCCAGUAGCACCACAGGAAUGGUGGUUGGCAUCGUGGCUGCUGCUGCUCUCUGCAUCCUUAUCCUCCUCUAUGCCAUGUACAAGUACCGGAACCGGGACGAGGGCUCCUACCCGGCAGACCAGAGCCACAGUUACGCCAACAGCUCCACUGCGGAGGGCAACGGCGCAGUGGUCAAAGACAAAAGCACAGCGACUGCCUCUGUGGCCAAGGCCAUCACAAAGGGCAAAAAGAACAAAGAUAAAGAAUAUUAUGUUUGAAACUGCAGGAGAAUGGGGACUGAGACAGGAGGAGGAGGAAGCUUUCAUUUUGCUGCCUGAACUUGUCAGGUUCUCUGUCGGAAAUUUUUAAAAGUCACAAGAACUCAACUGCACAAAGCAAAUAUAUAUUACUUUUACAUGAUUCCAGCAGUGGAGGUUUCCUGGCUUCCUGUGUAGUGACAAAUUCUGCUCUGUGACACAAGAUCUGACUCUUUCUCCGUGUCAAAAUGGGCACUCAGUCUGCAUUCACUGUUUCUUUGUUAGCAGCAUAUGAUUUUAGUUCAUGUUUUUAGCUAGGAAGGGGAACAUCCACUUUGGCUUUGUAUAUAGCAUGGAUAUGGUACUGUGAGGAAAGUGCUGAGAACAUCCAGUUUCUUUGGACUACUUUGUAAUGCUCCAUCCUGAGUCUCAAUGUCCCCAUUAUGACACAUGAGGCAGAACAGGCCAGUUAUUGAAUUUUUAUGAUAGAUGAGCUGAGAGCGCCCAACAGUCAUCCUAAGCACACUCAAAGAGAAAGCCUUUACUUGGAUAGACAUUGCAUCUGCAGCCUCCACAUUAUCUAUGUGACUUUGAAACUCUGUCUGUGUGCGUCCACGAGAAGCAGGAGGAGUAAUUCUGCUCAUGGAGGUGUUGUGCUGUAAAGGAGGACACAGUAUUGUUUAAAAAAAACAUACAGCAUCUGAAAGAGAAGAAAACGCGCUCUCAGUGAAUCUUCCCAGUCCGAUAAUUCAGAAACUUUAUUUGUGUGAGAAUUGGCCGUCUGCCAUGAUGUUCCUAGUAGGGGUAAGUGUGAACAAGUCCAAUAAAAGCGGAAGUAUUUUCUCUAGAAAACACUGAUUCAAUGUACUGUACAUAUAAAGGUUAGAUUGACAGAGCACCCCCAAAGGAUACUCAGUAGCCCUCCUUUUCUCAUGACUGCGUCCAAGCGGCCCGAGGAGCUUUGAGAAGCACAGAAUCACAUUUAAAGAAGAUUUUCUGGUUGCUGAUGGAAAAUGCACCUCGCUUUCCUUAAAACUGUCAUUGGGUAUUUCAAAAGCACACAGGAAAUGGAAGCAUAUCUCCAAGGCAAAGAAAUUCCUUGUAAAGCAGCCAAACAUGUAUUGUUUAAGAUUUUUUUUUCUAUAAGUUAUCAAAAGACUAUUCUAUGGGAUGAAUAAUUAAAGAAUUUGUGAAUUGUAAUGAUAUUUCUCUGAUAUUUCGAUGUAUCUUGUUGCCGCCCUUCUUAACACAUCACAUUUUGGGUUACUUUCUACAUAAAUUUGGACAAAAAGCACACUCCGCUCCUCCAAUAGCUGCAAACAUCUUGUGUUUUUGAACUGUUCACCAUCCAGGUCAUACAGAAAACGCAAGGAUCAACCAAAUCUAUUUUUUGUGCAUUUUAUAUGUGCAGAUUCUGAUUAUAUAAAGCCAUUUGUUCUUUAUUCAUGCUCUGUAAAUUCCUGUUAACUUUUUUUUUAUGAAAGUGCCAUUCAACAUGAGCUGCUCGGCACUCAGAAAAUACUCCAUUCCUCACUCAUUGCUAUUGUAUAGUGUUCAUGUGAAAUGGAUCUUAAUAUGUGUACAGAACGUGGAUAAAGAUGAAAAUACACUUGAUUAUAUACUUUGUA